CGUAAAUGUUAUUCUUUGGCGCAGUGUGAAGUUCAACUUGACAUGUGCUAGCGAUCAAAACAUGUGUAUUUGAAAGUACGACGAAAAGCGUGAACGAAAUUCGCCUGGCAGAAAAACUGUAAAUAAAAGCAACAUGACCGACUGUAUUGAGAUCGCUCUGACUAGCGAUACAUCCGCACAGCAUUGGAGCUGUUGUGCGUGGGACGUUCGCACCGGGACCCAGCUAAUGACGUACAGAAACGGUGGGUCAUCCGGACCGAACACGCUGCACACCGUCAACAAUCAGGUUAUCGUUUCCGGUAACCUCACCAAACCACUGCUUACAGUAUGGCCCAUCAACCGGCAAGAGCCAUCCAGCGUGAAGUAUAUGCUACCGGCCAUACCUGGUGCGGUGGCGGUUUCACCUGAUGGUAACUACUGCCUCGUAGCUCAUGGCCAUUCCUUCAACGUGUACAACCUGCUAACCGGUGCCAAUAUGGCUUCGGUAGCGCAACAUUACGGAAAUAUAAACGUGCUACGGUUCACGGACGAUGGGUCACACUUCAUCAGUGCCGCCCAGGAUUGCCGAAUCGUCGUGUGGAACCUUGCGCGAACGGUACAGCAGAAGGACAACCGUAUGGUGUACGAGUUGGCCGAUUUUACGCUACCCGUUGCGGACGUGGUGGUCGGAAAGGGAGGCAUGAAAGCGAUGCUGGCGGCCGUAUCACUGGAUCGUUCCUGCAAGCUGUACGAACUGGCUACCGGUCGACUGCUGCUGAACAUUGUGUUCCCCGUUGCUCUAGCAGUAUUGACGAUGAACGCACUAGAGACGGAACUGUUUGUUGGUGAUAAGAAGGGGCUCAUCUACGUUUGCAAUCUACAGUCCGUUCCACGAUCGAAAGAAAUACAUCUGCAGCAAGAUCUGCUUGAUCGGAGUGUAUUCAAGGGCCACAAGAAAGCGAUCACCUGCCUGUCGGUGUCGAUGGAUUGCGAAACGCUGCUGUCCGGCGGGGAAGACCAAACGGUGAUCGUGUGGCAUGUGAAAACACGCCAACAGCUGAAGCUAUUACCACACAAAGCUUCCAUUACGAACGCGUUCUUUUUCAUCACGCCCCGGGCAAUGUUUGAUCAAUCGCUGGAGCUUUCCGUACCAUUUCCACCAUUUCAGAAAGUGGUUAUCACAAGACAGGAACGGGAAUUGUUGAGUUUUGAGAUGCCAGUUACAAAGCGCCCGUUGCGUGAACGAUCGGAUGUUGGGGCAAUAUCGACAACGGUAUGCGACACCGAUAAGGGUUACAAGAUACAAGAGCUUGAGCAGGAAAUAGAGAAGCUGAAAGCGAUAAACAAGCAGUUGUAUCAGCAAACCAUACACGAUAUAACGAACGAAUCAUAUUGAUCGUACUUUAACGCAUGAAUACUUCUUGAAUAAAAUCGUAAAAUCUAA